AGAGAGACAAGAGAAGAGAGACAGUGGAGAGAAACGCGAGGAUGACGCGAAUACCGGCUGAGUCAGGCCUGAGUCAGCUGUGCAGGUUAUGCAGCUCAACUUUCUUCCCAACAACUUCACAACUUCUUCUCCUCCUUCUUCCUCUCGACGGAGUAUAUUCUCGACGUUCCCUUCAACCUCAUCUCUCCCUGCACUCCCUCGACUUCCGCAACUCUCUCAUUUCUAUACUCCGUCCCAUCAUGGGCCUCUUCUAAAUCUGUCGCGUCGCCGUGAUUUCCAAUCGGGUCGGCAACGCCCUCGCUUCCGCUGUCUGCUGUCCGCCCACCCUCCAAUGCCUCUCCGGCCUCUAUGAGUCGGACGCCUCUCACGCGAGUCGCGGUUCCCAUCCGGGCCCGAGUCGCCCAUCUUGGUAGGUGUACGGAACCAUCGAGAUCGCAGCGAUACGGUCAUGGGCUGAUACGCGCCCCCGGGAUAGUCUGCUCCGUCCGGACCGCCGCAACCAAAUCGAACACGCCCGCCCCCGGUCCGCCGCCCCCGACGGACCUCCACGGUGGUCGGCGGGAAUUCCGCGAUUACUUUGUCACCCAUCUUCCUUCCUCCUCGCUCCACCCAGACCCCCGGAGCGCCUUCAGUUCGUUCCACAAACUCCCGCGGGCCGACUCCGUCCCGCACACCGGGGACACCCCGCGCACCCCGGCCACCUUCCAGACCCUGGUCAACCGCGAGACCACCGUCGUGCGCAUCCCCCUGCGCAAUGCGAAACAUCACUUUGGCGCGUCCACCGCCCGUGGCACGCGGCCCACCAAUGAGGAUACCUGGCAGGCCGGCGUCCUCGACAUCCCCGCCUUCGCCAAGCGGCCACCCGCCUCCGUGACCCUCCGGCGGUCCGACGCGUCGACCGGCGAGGGCCGCGGGGCGGACAGCGCCAGCGGUGACCCCCAGGUGUUCUACUUUGGCAUCUUCGACGGUCACGGGGGCACCGACUGCAGCACCUACCUGCAGCAACAGCUGCACGAGUACAUCCAGAACACUGCCGCCGCCGUCGAACUGCAGUCCAGCCUCCCCCGUGACGCCUGCCUCCGGGACUCGGGCCCCGGCACAGGCGACCGCCCCAUUGUCCAGGGCGGCAACACCGCGCGCGCGGCCGAGCUGGAGCGACGGCUCGUCCAGCGGUGGCGCUCCCUCGUGGGCGGCUACUUCCGACGCUACGUGCCCGCCCACUUCGCCCACCUCGCGGACCCCGCCACCGGGUCUGGCGCCACCGACCGCACGCACGGCGUGACGAUUGAGGAAAUCCUCGAGUACGCCUUCCUGCGCGCCGACUUGGAGUUCGUUGCGGCGCAGGCCGCCCGGCAGACGGACGACGAGCUGGCCCAGGUCGGCCGGCCCGUCGCCCAGGACCAGAUCCUCUACGGGCCACGGCACCCCCGCGUGGCGGGCGACGGGGCGCGGGGUCGGUUCAAGGGCGGCAGCACGGCCAGCGUCGCCCUGAUCUCGACGCCCACGCCCACGCCCUUCUGGCACCCGGACAGCGCGGCCAGCCUGCUGGUGUCACACGUGGGCGACACGCGGAUGCUGCUGUGCUCGACGGUGACGGGGGAGGCGGUGGCGCUGACGACGGACCAUCACCCGUCGGCGCCGGUGGAGGCGACCCGCCUGCGGCGGUACGCGGCGACGUUCGUGACGGACUCGUUCGGCGAGGAGCGCAUCAGCGGGCUGGCCAACACGCGGGCGUUCGGCGACGUGCAGUCGAAGCGCAUCGGCGUGUCGGCGGAGCCGGAGAUCCGACGGAUCGAGAUGGCGCCGGCCGAGUACGCCUUUUUGGUGCUGGUGUCGGACGGGGUCAGCGGCACGCUGUCGGACCAGGAGGUGGUGGACAUCGUCAAGGAGGCCAAGACGCCCGAGGCGGGGGCCCGCGCGGUGGUUGAUCUAGCUACCGAAGUGAGUCGCGAGGGCGACAACGCGACCUGCCUGGUCGUGCGACUCGGCGGGUGGGAACGACGACAGGAGGGGGGCGUUGGUAGUUUGGGGACGAAGGAGACUCGCGACUGGCGCCGCCAGGAGGCGACAGAUCCCCGACGGUCACGACGGUGAUCCUCUUCCUCACCAUUGUACAUAGAGAUUCAUUUUGAUUAGCC